AUGACGUCCGUGGCUGUCCACCAGAGCGUUUUCCAGAAGAAAGGAAGUCCAAACUGUCACCCCGAGGCACUGGGCUGUUCCGGGUCCUUGAGAAGAUCAAUGACAAUGCUUACAAGCUUGAGCUUCCAGAUUCAAGAUCCAGCCGGUCCAACAGAGGUUCAAGACCAAGCCGGUUCCCUCCAAUUCAGAUCUCUCGGCCAGAACCAAACCGGCCUAACCAUCUCUACAUGUGAUCUCGGUUCAGACACCUCCCCAAGCUCAGCCGGUUCUGAGAGAGACAUGGGAGAUGUCAAUGCUAAUGCUGUUCCAACCCAAGCUGACAUCAACGCACAGCUAAUGGAACAACGCAACCGUCCCAAUGAUCCGCUUCCUAGGAGAAGGAACCAUCCUUACUUGGAAGAUCCACGGUUGUUCUCUGAUGAGGACAGUUCAGAUUCUGAACCACCUGAUCGAGAAGAGCCUCGACCCGCCCACGCCGGACGAGAAGGCCGACGAGAGCAUCGGAUCCAAGGAGAUGGGAGUCCAAUCAGGAGGAGACGCCGAGAGGAUGAAGUCCCUUGGCAAGGAGGAAAGGACCUCAAGCUUAACCCACCAACCUUUGCUGGAAAGGUCAACCCGGACGCCUACGUUGAAUGGGAAAGGCGCAUGGAAUACAUCUUCGAGUACUACAACUACUCUGAGGCCAGGAAGAUAGCCUUAGCCGCGGCCCAACUGACCGAGAACGCUCUAUCUUGGUGGGACAGAGAAGUGUCCGAGACCGGCCGAGUCGAUAGAGUUGAGACUUGGGAAGAGAUGCGAUCCAAGCUUCGCACAAGGUAUGUUCCUGCUUAUUAUCAACGAGACUUACAGAAACGUUUUCGUAAAUUGUCUCAGGGAACGCGGACUGUAGAAGAGUACUAUGAGGAGUUUGAGUCCCUCAGGAACAAGCUCAAGACACGCGAGACGCAAGAGACCAUGAUGGCUCAGUUCAUGGAUGGGUUACAAGACCGCAUUGCCCAAAAGGUGGAGCGCCAGCAGUAUGAGACCUUCCACGACCUGCUUCACUUUGCCGUCCAGGCCGAACAACACAUCAAACGGAAGAACGCAUCCACAGCCAGAGGCAAAGGAACAUGGACGCAACCGGCCUCCAAAGGAGUGGACGUGGGCAAGUCCGUGGAUGUGGAGAACCGGUUCAAGAAAAAUCAGACUGAACCGUCCAAGUCUGGCCCAUCCGACCAUGGUAAGACCCAAGGUCAAAAUCAACGUACCCGUGACAUUACUUGUUUUAAAUGUCAGAGAAAGGGACACUAUGCCAGAGAUUGCCCCAACAAGCGUGUAAUGAUCCUCAAGGCUGAUGGUGAGUAUGAAUCCCAAGACGAGGCAGAAGUUGAGACCAUGGUUUCUGAUGAAGAGGUAGUCGAUUAUGCUGAGACCGGAGAGCUACUGGUUACCAGACGAUCUCUCAGUGCUCUCUUCGAUCCUGAAACCGUUCAAAGAGAAAACAUCUUUCAUACAAGAUGUAGCGUGGAACAAAAGGUAUGUAGCUUGAUCAUAGAUGGUGGUACUUGUACUAACGUGGCCAGCAAGUAUCUUGUUGAUAAGCUAGGUUUGGCCAAGACGCCCCAUCCGCGGCCAUAUCGGCUCAAGUGGCUCAAUGAUGAGACUGAGCUCCGGAUAGCCGAGCAAGUGGUUGUGUCUUUCAGUAUUGGUAAAUACCAUGAUCAGGUCAAGUGUGACGUUGUGCCUAAGCAAGCCGGCCGCAUACUUCUAGGACGGCCAUGGCAGUUCGAUAAGGAGACCAUUCAUCAUGGCCGGACCAAUGUCUAUAGCUUCAGCCACAACAACAAGAAGCACAGCCUAGCACCUCUAAGUCCUCAAGAGGUUUAUGAGAUGCAACAAGCAAUGGAUUAUGCCAGCAAGGUAAGGAUUGAGGCCACGGAGUUACCAGGCGAAGUACAAGGCCUCAUGGAGCAAUAUAAGGACGUCUUUCCUGAUGAGAUCCCAGCCGGCCUACCUCCUAUCCGAGGCAUAGAACAUCAGAUCGAUUUUGUGCCAGGCGCACCCUUGCCAAACCGAGCGGCCUACCGAGUUUACCCAGAAGAAGCCAAGGAGUUGGAGAGACAGGUCCAAGACCUCAUGGAUAAGGGUUACAUCCGGGAGAGUCUUAGUCCGUGUGCUGUUCCGGUUCUAUUGGUUCCAAAGAAGGAUGGAACAUGGCGCAUGCGUGUGGACUGCCGGGCCAUCAACAACAUAACCAUCAAAUAUCGGUACCGAAUACCUAGACUAGAUGAUAUGCUGGAUGAACUAAGUGGGUCUGUUGUGUUCUCUAAGAUUUAUCUCAGGAGUGGAUACCACCAAGUUCGAAUGAAGGAGGGAGACGAGUGGAAGACAGCCUUCAAGACCAAGCAAGGUCUAUACGAAUGGCUGGUCAUGCCGUUUGGCCUCACCAACGCCCCCAGCACCUUCAUGAGACUCAUGAACCAGGUUCUUCGACCUUUCAUAGGGAAAUUUGUGGUUGUGUACUUUGAUGACAUACUGAUCUAUAGCCACUGUUUAGAUGACCACCUUAGACACCUUGAACAAGGCCCGAAGGUAGAUGAAGAGAAGAUCAAGGCGAUCCAAGACUGGCCUACACCUACCACCAUUGGCCAUGUUCGCAGUUUCCACGGCCUGGCCAGUUUCUAUCGGCGGUUCGUCAAGGAUUUCAGCACCAUAGCCGCUGCCUUGACCUCUGUGAUCAAGAAGAACGUAUCCUUUAUUUGGGGACCAGCCCAAGAAGAGUCUUUUAACAAGCUUAAAUAUAGUUUGACUCAUGCACCUGUCCUUACUCUGCCGAACUUCGAUAAAACUUUUGAGAUUGAAUGUGAUGCUUCAGGGACAGAUCAUGAGACGCUUAAACACAUAAGAGGACAGACCACACUCAAGAGGAGGCACGCCAAAUUGUUGGAGUUUGUGGAGACUUUUCCUUAUGUGAUUAAGUAUAAGAAGGGCAAAGACAAUGUGGUGGCUGAUGCCCUAUCCCGGAGACAUACUCUUAUCUCGACCAUGGAAGCUAAGAUCAUGGGUUUUGAAUUCAUUAAAGAUUCUUAUGCCACUGACCUUGAUUUUCAAGAAGCUUUCAGGAAAACCACACAAGGAGCAUUCGGUGUUUAUUACCAGCAUGAAGGUUUCUUGUUCAAAGAAAAGAAGUUAUGCAUUCCCAAAGGCUCGAUGAGGGAACUGCUGGUUCGGGAGGCUCGUGGUGGCGGCCUCAUGGGACAUUUUGGCCGAGACAAGACCCUAAGUGUCCUGACCGACCAUUUCUUUUGGCCAAACAUGAAACGAGAUGUGGAGAACCUAUGCGCCAAAUGCAUUGUCUGUCUCAAGAUAAAAUCCAGGUUCUCCAAGACGGCUCACUUCAUAGCUUGUGACAAAACCAAUGACGCUACCCAGACAGCCGAUCUGUUCUUUAAAGAGGUGGUACGUCUCCAUGGUAUUCCGCGAACCAUUGUGUCCGACCAAGACUCUAAGUUUCUAAGUCAUUUAUGGAAGACACUAUGGGGUAAGAUCGGUACAAAGCUAUUGUUCUCGACCACUUGCCAUCCACAAACGGACGGCCAAACUGAGGUAGUAAACCGUACACUCUCUCAGUUGCUGAGAGCUACGGUCGGUAAGAACUUGAGGAACUGGUUAUCCUGUUUACCGUUUAUUGAGUUCGCUUACAACCAUGCUAGACACUCUGCCACUGAACUUUCUCCUUUUGAAGUUGUUUAUGGUUUUCAGCAUGAGAUGCCUUUAGACAUGUCCGAACUGCCAAAGUCUAUGUUCUGCAGCCGAGAAGGUGCAACUAAGGCCGAGUUCGUUAAGAACAUGCAUCGGAGGGUUCGAGAGAAGUUAGAGGCAAAGGCGGCCAAGGUCAAAGCCCGUCUCGACCAGAAGAGAAAGGAGCGUUUUCCAGAAGAAAGGAAGUCCAAACUGUCACCCCGAGGCACUGGGCCGUUCCGGGUCGUUGAGAAGAUCAAUGACAAUGCUUACAAGCUUGAGCUUCCAGAUGAUGGUGAUCUGAGGCCAGAACCUUUUCAAGGGGGAGGGAAUGAUGCGGCCAUCCAAGUAGAGGUUCCCAUAGUUACUAGUGGUCCAACUACCCGGAGUGGAGCCAAGGCCAUAAGACUUGGAUUCUCUAAAGCUGUCCAACAAAUCCUUGAUCAAGAUGAAGAGCUGCUGAUUGAAGAGAUGGUCCAAUUGAAGAUUCAAGAUCCAGCCGGUCCAAUAGAGGUUCAAGACCAAGCCGGUUCCCUCCAAUUCAGAUCACUCGGCCAGAACCAAACCGGCCUAACCAUCUCUACAUGUGAUCUCGGUUCAGACACCUCCCCAAGCUCAGCCGGUUCUGAGUAA